GUCCUCAGUUUGAGGCUGGCGGGUUGGGCUGCAGCAGGCCUGCGGAGCUGGACCACCGCGCGGGAGUGGGUGCAGGGCCGUCACCGCGCAUGCGCACACACCCUAGCCCCAGACUCACGACUCUGCUUUUCUGAACCAAGGUGAUCCCGAAAGUUGGAGCCAGCGCCACGGGUCUCCGGAGUCUCCUGACCCAACUUUCGUGCCUGCGGUGCCCGGAGGCGGCUCCCUGUUCCUUGUAUCUGGGAAGACAGGCCCCGAGUGCGACCGUCAGCCCAUGUUCGCGCCACCCAGUGGAGGUGUGAGGGUCCGGCUGAGCGAGCCCUGGCACCUCCUGUUAUGGCACUGCCCAGCCCACAGGUUCCAGUGGGGUUGCCGGCGUCGCUGAUGGGCCCGGCGCAGCAUACCUGUUGGCCCUGUGGCUCAGCUGUCCCCUCAUUGAAGAGCCUGGUAACCUUUGAAGAUGUGGCUGUAUAUUUCUCCCAGGAGGAGUGGGGGCUCCUUGAUGCAGCCCAGAGGCACCUGUAUCACAAUGUGAUGGUGGAAAACUUUGAGCUCAUUACCUCACUUGGUUGCUGGCAUGGAGUAGAGGGUGAGGAGGCCCAUCCCAAGAAGAAUGCUUCUGUAGAAGAGGUGUUAAAGGUCAGGAUUGCAAAUGCAGAUCCCUCCACCCAGAAGGCUAACCCCUGUGACAUGUGUGGGUCAUUCUUGAAAGACGUUUUGCACCUGCCUGAGCAUCAGGGAACAUACUCUGAGGAGAAACUCUACUCAUGUGGAGCAUGUGGGAGAGAGUUUUGGUUGAGUGCAUACCUUCACCAGCACCAGGAGUAUAGUAGAGGGAAGCCCUUCAGAUGGUAUAAGGACAGAGAAGCACUUAUGAAGAGCUCUGAAGUCCACCUGUCAGAGAACCCCUUGACUUGCAGGGAAGGUGGGAAGGCCAUCCUGGUCAGCCGUGACCUCCUCCAGCUUCAAGCUGUUGACAGCAGGAGGAAGCCAUAUUCCAAUCUUGGGCAGAUUCCAGAACUCUGUACCACACAGAAACUCUUCAAGUGCAGCAACUGUGGAAAAGCGUUCCUGAAAAGCUCCACUCUCCUCAACCAUUUGAGAACUCACUCUGAAGAGAUAACAUUUAGAUGCCCAACAGGUGGAAAUUUCUUAGAGGAGAAAUCAACCCUUGGUAAUCAAAAACUUCACACUGGGGAAAUAGCCCACGUGUGCAAGGAGUGUGGAAAGGCCUUUGGUCACCCAUCUAAGCUGAGGAAGCACCAGAAACUUCACACUGAAGUAAAAUAUGAGUGCACUGAAAGUGCGAGAACCUUCAACCACAAACUCACAUUUGUUCAUCAUCAGAGAAUUCACCCAGGAGAAAGACAUUACGAGUGCAGUCAAUGUGGGAAAGCCUUCAAUAGCAGAUCACACCUCAUUAGACAUGAAAAAGUUCACACUGGAGAAAGGCCUUUUGAGUGCCUGAAAUGUGGAAGAGCCUUCAGCCAAAGCUCCAAUUUCCUUCGGCACCAGAAAGUUCACACCAAGGUCAGACCUUAUGAGUGUAAUCAGUGUGGUAAAUCCUUCAGCCGAAGCUCUGCUCUCAUUCAGCACUGGAGAGUUCACACUGGAGAAAGACCAUAUGAAUGCAGUGAAUGUGGAAGAGCUUUUAAUAAUAACUCCAACCUUGCUCAGCACCAGAAAGUUCACACUGGAGAACGGCCUUUUGAGUGCAGUGAAUGUGGAAGAGACUUUAGCCAAAGCUCCCAUCUCCUUCGACAUCAGAAAGUUCACACUGGAGAACGGCCUUUUGAAUGCAGUGAAUGUGGUAAAGCCUUCGGCAAUAGCUCCACCCUCAUCCAGCACCAGAAAGUACAUACUGGGCAAAGGCCUUAUGAGUGCAGCGAAUGUAGGAAAUCCUUCAGCCGCAGCUCCAGCCUGAUUCAGCACUGGAGAAUUCACACUGGAGAAAGGCCUUAUGAAUGUAGUGAGUGUGGGAAAGCCUUCACUCAUAGUUCUAGUCUCAUUGAACACUGGAGAGUUCACACAAAAGAAAAGCCUUAUGAGUGCAAUGAAUGUGGGAAAUUCUUUAGCCAAAACUCCAUUCUCAUUAAGCAUCAGAAAGUUCAUACUGGAGAAAAGCCUUAUAAGUGCAGUGAAUGUGGGAAAUUCUUUACCCGAAAAUCUAGCCUUAUUUGUCACUGGAGAGUUCACACUGGAGAAAGGCCUUAUGAAUGCAGAGAAUGUGGAAGAGCCUUCAGCAAUAACUCCCACCUGGUUCGUCAUCAGAGAGUUCACACAAAAGAAAGGCCCUAUGAGUGCAUCCAGUGUGGAAAAGCCUUUAGUGAAAGAUCUACACUUGUUCGGCACCAGAAAGCUCAUACCAGAGAAAGGAUUUAUAAGUGUAGCCAGUGUGGGAAAGUCUUCGGCCAUCUUUGUAACCUUGCUCAGCAUAGAAAGAUUCAUACCUGAGUGGAGCCUUAUGGGAGUGGUCUUUAUGAGAAAAUCUUCAGCCAAGUCAAACUUCUGCAGUAAA